AUGGCACAUCCCUCUCAACUAGGAUUCCAAGACGCAGCUUCACCUAUAAUAGAAGAACUCCUACAUUUCCACGAUCACGCUCUGAUAAUUAUUUUCCUUAUCAGCACCCUGGUCCUUUACAUUAUUGUAGCUAUAGUUACCACUAAGCUCACAAAUAAGUUUAUCCUGGACUCACAAGAAAUCGAAAUUAUCUGAACAAUUCUUCCAGCCAUUAUUCUUAUCCUAAUUGCCCUCCCAUCACUACGAAUCCUCUAUUUAAUAGACGAGAUUAAUGACCCCCACUUAACUAUUAAAGCAAUGGGGCACCAGUGAUACUGAAGUUACGAAUAUACAGACUACGAAGACCUUAUAUUUGAUUCCUACAUAAUCCCCACUCAAGACCUAGCUCCCGGACAAUUCCGCCUACUAGAAACUGACCACCGUAUGGUCAUUCCCGCAGAAUCUCCUAUUCGUGUUUUAGUUUCGGCUGAAGACGUCCUUCACUCCUGGGCAGUCCCAAGCUUAGGUGUUAAAAUAGACGCAGUGCCUGGGCGCCUGAACCAAACAGCCUUUAUUACAUCUCGCCCAGGAGUCUUCUACGGACAAUGCUCCGAAAUCUGCGGAGCCAACCACAGUUUCAUACCUAUUGUUAUUGAAGCAGUUCCCCUAAAACAUUUUGAAAACUGAUCAUCUCUAAUACUCCAAGACUCUU